GAGCUUUGGGAUUGGUCACUUUGUCUAAUGGACAACGUGGACAAAGUAUUGACAGCCAAUCCUCGCUCAGAAGAUCAUUGUAACUAGCCAAUCAGAAGCGAGAAGGCGGUUUUUCCCAGUACGGAGCUUUGUUUCAGAGCAGCAUGGCUCGAGGACACCAGAAGAUCCAAUCUCAGCAGAAAAACGCCAAGAAGCAGGCAGAGAUCAAGAAGUCAAAAGGUCACGACCAGAAGACGGCAGCAAAGGCUGCGUUGGUGUAUACAUGUGGAGUCUGCAGGUCACAGAUGCCGGAUCCAAAAACAUUUAAGCAGCAUUUCGAGAGCAAACAUCCCAAAAAUCCUCUUCCUCCAGAACUGGUGGGUGUAGAAGCCUGAGCAUCGCUCCCCAGACCUGCACUGCGGCGUCACCAUCAAGGACUGUUAACACUGUCAACUGUUGCCCCAACAGCAAAAAAAAAACACAUGCAGACAUCUGUCUGCCUGUGUCCGUCCGUCUGUCCGUCUGUUUGUCCGUCUGUCUGAUUAACUCCACACUGGUUUGUGUUGAUUGCGUCUCACACACUGCUACACUGAGGUACAGUGAGGUGAUGAUAUACAGGUGACGGGGUGUUGAUGAUGUAAUUAUAAAUGCUGUAUUUUCCAGAUUAUAAAGCCUAUAAAAACUAUAUAUAAAUAUAGUGUUGCGACGGAUAUUUAACAACUUUUACAUUAUCAACUGCCCAGUUUUCGGUGUUUCACUUUAAGUAACUCAGCUGUGAUUUAACCUCUAAACCUAAACAUAAUAUAAAUAAUUAGCGUCCCGUAAGGGAUCUGUGCUAACUGAGCAUUGUUAUCAUUACAAAAAAUAACGACGUUAUACAUUGAUGUUAAUUAGACUUCAAUAUGAUGUGAUGAAUGUAUUUAUAAAUUAAUUUUUUGCUCAAGAGACAGGCAGAAUAAAAAAAUAAAACUUUUAAACUGGAACAUAUGCUACUCCAAACCUGUGGAUGGAUUUUAUUUAAUUUGUGGAUAAAAGUGAUGAUUGUUUUGUAAUUUUUCAGAGCGCACUGGAUGUACUUAUGGGUGAUUAAUUAAAUACUAUUUUAAUUUUACUACAGAAAUACUUCCUCUUCGCUGGAAUCGAGUUCAGUGACCUGGUUCCUGUGCCAAUGUAAUAUAACAUUCUAAUAAAGUUUAAUUUUGGUUA